AUGGAAAGUAGUGAUGCAAAUGCCAUUUUGAUAAUAAGGUAUGUCACCCUUCUCAUUGCUCCUGCUUUAUUUUUAUGCAAAGGUGGUGAAAUUUUCGUUCAUUCAACCCUGAUGCUUGACACCUCCACAUCCAUCCUCCUUCAUGCAUUUAGGAAUAGAUGGGAAUUCACCCAUCUCCUAAUAAUAAUGACACAUAUGCGCAUUCUGUGUGUGCUGACUUCUGCUACUAAAGAACGUGCUUCUGAGUUCUUCAAGCAGACACGUAAUUAUCCUCUUCAAUCACCUAUGGCAUUUGCUUCUUUCAUACAGAUCAACACGAUAUACGUACAUAUUAUUAUGGUUUUGAACCUAGCUGUGCAUGGAGGUUUCGGUGGAGAUCAGAGAAGACGUGCUGCUGUUCUUCUGUUCUUAUUGCUUGUGCGAACUUCAGCAUUUGCGCAGCCUUCAGCAAAACGUCAUGAAGAUAGUUAUUUGGGCACUGAAUUCACUGGCUCUAAAACCCUUUUCAGUGUGUGUGAGGAUUGUCAAAUAUCCCUUCAUAAUUCCAUCCGUCCUUAUGGUCACAGGCAUUUACUUCACGCAGGUGUUCCUGUAAUCACUGUCUUGUAUUAUAGAAGUAAAUUGCUCUUCAACUUGCGGAUGACUUGUGUACUGCUUUGA